AUGAUCUACGUACCGUUCCUCCAUGUUCUUUGCUUUGCUUGCCUUGGUUUUGCAGAGCGCCCCGCACCAGCAAAGCUCAGUCUGCUGCAGCACACGCUGAAGCUGGAGGACACCAGGGAUUCCGUCGGCUCGAGCGGCGACCAAAUUUAUUCCUUGUUUGUGAAGUUCCACAAGGUGGCCGGCAGCACGUGGCGAGCCUACAUUGACGGCAUCUCUCACGAAGAGAAUUCUUGCAGCAAGGACUGUGGGAACCCGGACUGGGACUGUGAGCAGCGCUACCCCCAUGACGCAGCGAGGUUCGAGUGGUGUGGUCAACAUCCUGGAAAGAAUGAGUCUUGUUCUGGGAUUGCACACAGCUGCACCUUCCACACGAGCAUGGCAGUGAUUCGCCAGGCCGUUUCGGGUCAGGACAUAACCACCUUGACAUCGGACCUGGCCGAUGUGCAGAACCUGUGGCCGAGCUCGGAACGCUUAAAGCUGCUUUGGAGAGUGGAGUGGGCACGUUCUUGGUUGCCCUCAGACUUGUAUCAAAAGCGCCUAAUCGUGACGACGAUCCUCAGGGAGCCCAUCGAGAGACUUCGUUCUUAUUACUACUUUGGCGGGAACGGCUUCCUCCCAAACUUAACUGUCGAACAUGCUGAUGUCGGGAACCGGGCGGCUUCGCAUCAAGGUUUCAAGUCCUGGUUGAAGUUCCGCAGGGACUUUAUCACCGGCAACUGGUCAUAUGAGCAAUUCCUGCAACAAGCUUCAGGUAAGGAUGCUGGAUCCACCUCCAGGUUCAUGCUCUUGCGGUCCUGCUGUGAGUACGAGACUUGGCUGGGGGAUGGCUCGGUCGAGAGGGCGAAGCUCGCUCUUGCUACGCAGUUCGACCUGGUUGGCAUCACUGAAAGGCUUGAUGAAGGCUUGGUGAGCCUUGGCAAGCUCUACGGCCAGACGCCUCAGCAGCUAGCUGCCGUCUUCCGAAGCAUCCCAGAAAUUUUCGAUAACAGCGACAAUAAGCUCGACUGGACCGCAGAGGAGAAGGCAUUGGCCACGAUCGUAGCAGACAAGAGCACGGCCAUUUACAACUUUGCGCAGGAGGUUUUCCAGCGCCGGGCUGUCACGCUCUUCGGCAGCGAGGAGAACAUGCUGGCUGCCGUCGAGACCUUCAAGAAGCUCAACCCAGACAGCUAG